CGAUAGCUCGAACGGAAGACAAAUCGACGAAAUCAAACGAACGGGUCAAAUUGAGUCAAAAUACGAAAUCGACCAAUCAAUCCGGCGUGGAGGUUAAUCUGCCGGCAAUAUCAAUCCGGGGCAGCGGCUGGAUGCGGCGACGGUGACGGAUGCCGGCGACAGUGGCGGAGCGGCAGCGUGACGGCGGUGAGCAGCGACUGGCGGCGCUGCAAUUCGACGGCGAGGAAGGACGCCGGCAGUGGAGGCGACGUCCGGCAGAACGACGAGGUGAACCGUCGUCGGCGGCGCUGAUGCUGACGGCGGACCUCUGGCGGAGGAAGCAGAGGCGGCGACUGGCUGGGGAAGAGCGACCGGCGCUGGACUCGACGGCGAUGAUGGCGGCGGACUUCCCGGUGAAGACGAAACAGCGGCGAUUGGAGACCGUCAUCGGCGGCGCUGACCCUGGCUGUAGGCGACGGGGUUCCGGCGACGGUAAGGCAGCAGUGAUAGGCUGGUGCGGCGAGGGGGCGGAGGUCUGCGAUGCCGGCGUGGUCGAACGGGAUUGGAUGAACAGCUUGGCGAUCAGUGAUGCUCAAUGAAGUGGAUGACCUGAAGCUGUCUAAAUUUAAAUUAUUUAUUUUGAUGAAUUCAUUUACUUAAACUAAAGGAAUAUUUGGGAU